AUGGACCUCGACAACCCGGCCAAGGCUGCCGAGCAGCUGAAAAACGCCAGCGAUGGCAACGGCGAGAUCGAUGAGAGCUUGUACAGUCGGCAGCUGUAUGUGCUGGGCCACGAGGCCAUGAAGCGCAUGGGCAGCAGCAAGGUGCUCGUGGUUGGCUUGCGUGGGCUGGGCGUGGAGAUUGCGAAGAAUAUUGCGUUGGCUGGUGUGAAGAGUCUGACGCUGUGGGAUCCCAAGCCUGCGCGCAUUCAAGACCUCUCCAGUCAAUUCUUCCUGCAUCCUGAAGACGUGGGCAAGCCGCGCGCUGAAGUGACGGCACCACGUGUUUCAGAGCUCAACCCAUACACACCCGUCGACGUACAUCCAGGCGGUCUGGAUGAUCUCGAAGAGCUGAAGCGAUACCAAGUCGUCGUACUGACAGAUACCAAACUGUCAGAUCAGCUCAAGAUUGCAGAGUUCUGCCACAACAACGGCAUCUACAUCGUCAUCACCGACACGUUCGGUCUAUUCGGAUACAUCUUUACGGACUUUGGCAAGAACUUCACUGUUGGCGAUCCCACUGGCGAGAACCCACUGAGCGGCAUUGUUGCAGGCAUCGAUGAGCAAGGCUUGGUAUCGGCGUUGGACGAGACACGACACGGCUUAGAAGAUGGCGAUUUCGUUACCUUUUCAGAAGUGGAGGGCAUUGAACAGCUGAACGAUGGCACACCACGCAAGAUUGCCGUCAAGGGCCCAUACACCUUCCAGAUCGAGCUUCCUGCCGGUGCUGGACAGUAUCAGCGCGGUGGUCUAUACCAGCAGGUCAAGAUGCCCAAGAUCUUGGACUUUGAGAGCCUCAGCACCCAGCUCACCAAGCCAGAGGCACUCAUCUCGGACUUCGCCAAGUUCGAUCGUCCAGCUCAAUUGCACGUCGGUGUGCAAGCACUACAUGCGUUUGCCGAGAAGACCGGCCAUCUCCCACGACCACACAACGACACAGAUGCUAAGGAGGUGUACGAUCUCGGGCAAGUUCCCCCCAUCAAGCACCCUUUUUACUUCGAUUCGCUGGAGUCACUUCCUACUUCCGCGACUUUUGAUGAAGAGUCGUGCAAGCCUCUCGGGACUCGCUACGAUGGCCAAAUCGCUGUCGUUGGCAAAGAAUUCCAGGACAAGAUUGCCAAUGUCAAGCAAUUCUUGGUUGGCGCUGGCGCCAUCGGUUGCGAGAUGUUGAAGAACUGGGCCAUGAUCGGUCUUGCUACCGGUCCAAACGGCAAGAUCAGUGUGACAGACAUGGAUCAGAUCGAGAAGAGUAACUUGAACCGGCAGUUCUUGUUCCGCUCCAAGGACGUCGGCAAGCUCAAAUCAGAAUGCGCAUCGCAGGCUGUGCAGGCGAUGAACCCAGACCUUAACGGCCACAUCAACAUGCUGAAGGACCGCGUUGCACAAGACACAGAGCACAUCUUCAAUGAAGACUUCUGGGAAGCUCUUGACGGUGUGACUAAUGCUUUGGACAAUGUCGAUGCUCGCACGUACGUCGACCGUCGUUGCGUAUUCUUCCACAAGCCUCUACUCGACAGCGGUACUCUCGGUACGAAGGGCAACACCCAAGUUGUGCUCCCGCGCCAGACCGAAUCCUACUCGAGCUCACAAGACCCUCCUGAGCAAUCUUUCCCCAUGUGCACGCUGCGUUCUUUCCCCAAUCGCAUUGAGCACACCAUUGCUUGGGCAAAGGAUCUCUUCCACUCCUACUUUGCCGGUCCGGCAGACAUCGUCAACGCGUACAUGACACAGAAGGAUUAUCUGGGCACGGCUCUCAAGCAGUCCGGCAAUGAAAAGCAGACAUUGGAGACUUUGCAAGAAUACCUUGUAACUUCCAAGCCAGAAAGCUUCGACGACUGCAUUGAGUGGGCGCGCACACAGUUUGAGAAGCAGUACAACAAUGCUAUCCAACAGCUCCUGUACAACUUUCCCAAGGACAGCAAGACCUCCUCAGGGCAGCCCUUUUGGUCUGGACCGAAGCGCGCUCCUGAUGCGCUCAAAUUCGACGCCAACAACCCCACUCACUACACAUUCAUCCUCGCCGCUGCCAACCUUCACGCCUUCAACUACCAUAUCAAGCCAAAGAACGAUCGAAGCUACAUGGUCAGCGUGCUCGAACGCAUGAUCGUGCCCGACUUCAAGCCGGAUGCCAACGUCAAGAUCCAGGCUGACGACAAGGAGCCUGAUCCAAAUGCCAACGCUCCAGCAGAUGACAAUGAAGAGCUUUCACAGAUCGCCAGGUCGCUUCCACAACCAAAGACGCUUGGCGACUUCCGUCUCGAGCCAGUCGAGUUUGAGAAGGACGAUGACACCAAUUUCCACAUCGAUUUCAUCACUGCAGCAUCAAACCUCCGCGCGGAGAACUACAAGAUCACGACUGCUGAUCGUCACAAGACCAAGUUCAUUGCUGGAAAGAUCAUCCCGGCCAUCGCCACCACGACCGCUCUCGUGACAGGUCUUGUGGUCUUGGAGCUGUACAAGAUCAUCGACGGAAAGGAGGAUAUCGAGCAGUACAAGAAUGGAUUCGUCAACCUGGCUCUGCCAUUCUUUGGCUUCUCGGAACCGAUUGCUUCACCCAAGGGCAAGUACCAGGGACCUAAUGGUGAAGUGACCAUCGACAAGCUCUGGGACCGCUUCGAAUCGAAGGACGUUACACUGAAGGAAUUCAUCGAGGACUUCAAAGCAAAGGGACUGACCAUUAGCAUGAUCAGUUCUGGCGUCAGCUUGCUCUACGCCUCCUUCUAUCCUCCCGCCAAGCUCAAGGACCGCCUUCCACUCAAGCUUUCCGAACUGGUCGAGACGAUUUCUAGGAAGAAGAUUCCCGAGCAUCAGAAGAAUGUCAUCUUUGAGAUUACGUGUGAGGAUGAGACGGAGGAAGAUGUCGAGGUUCCUUAUGUCAUGGUCAAGCUUGACAAGUAA